AUAUGUUAUUUGAAAGCGAGAUUCAUUUCGAAUUACCUUUAGAUGUUAAAGAAUCAUCGCCAAAAGCAGCAAAAGCUAGAUAUUUAGAUCAUCGUGGGAACGUUCAAUCAUUAGAAAUUAUUACGAAUAAUUUCGGUCUCAAAGUUAAUAAAUCCGUUGCUGAUGAUUUUUGUUUAUUUAUGGAAAACGGAAAUAGCAAUAACAGGAAUUGUGGGAAUCAUCACUUUGAUACUAACGAAAAUGGAAAGUUUUUUCAAGGGAUCGCAAAUAAACUUGAACAAGUUCGACAAAAUCGAGUUGUUUUACUUGAUUCAAGUAUUUAUUCAGACUUGGGUAAAAUGGUAAAAAAUACUAUUGAACAAUUUUUGGGUAAACCGUCAUCAGAUGAUGGAGAAGAUAAUGAAGGGGAUGAAGGAGAUGAUGAUGAAGAUUCGAUAAAAUAUUUGCAUCAAGAAUACUAA